AUGCACAUGGCCGGCCAAUCUUCCUUCGCCCGGCGGCUCUGCCUGAGCAUUGCGCUGCUGGCCGUGCAGCUGCUCUGCGUCCUUUGCACGCCGACAGCCCGGGAUGCGGCUUCGUCUUCGUCUUCCAUCUUGGCAGGGUCGAAUCGCAUUGUGCCCAGCUAUGUGACAAAAUACGCGCCGCUGGUCUGGCUACACUCGGACGACCCGUUUCGACCAGCAGACUUGCUCCAGCAUAUCCGCCAUACAACCCCCGCCAUCAACCAAAACUCCGUCCCCGACCUGCCAGAGCUCGACCUCGACAACCUCGCCCUCCUCAACGACGUCGAUGUAGGCAGUGGAGAAGUUGCCCUGACCUCGAAUGACGACAUCACGACUCUGCCCGCGUGGCUGUACGGAUCUCUUCCAGACGAGUCGGGCAGGAUCGCAAACGCUACGCCUUGUGCGGUGAUUCUCGUUGAGAAGAGCCCUCGAGAUGUCGAUGCCUUCUUCUUCUACUUUUAUUCGUACGAUCGAGGCGCAAACAUUACGCAAGUUCUGGAGCCCCUCAACCGCCUAAUCGAGGAUACUGAGCAUGGAAUGCAUUUCGGAGAUCAUGUUGGAGACUGGGAACACAACAUGGUCCGGUUCCGGGAUGGAAAGCCCACGGGCAUCUUUUACAGCCAGCAUACAAGCGGCGCUGCGUAUGACUGGAAUGACAAGGCUCUUUCAAUGAAGAGUGGGCGGCCUCUGGUCUUCAGCGCGUACGGGUCGCACGCCAAUUAUGCUUCGUCCGGCAACCAUGUUCAUGAUGCAGCAUUGGUGGACCUUUGUGACGCCGGCCAGCUUUGGGAUCCUGUUCUCUCAGCGUACUUCUACCACCUGGACCCCACCAAUUUCAAGUUGACACGCCUCUUUCUUUCCGGGUCCAACUCCUCCGCCGCGUCGAAUUUUACCUCCUUCUUCUAUUUUACCGGACUCUGGGGCGAUGCGCAGUAUCCGGAUGACGACAUUCGACAAAAGACUGUGCCACACUUUGGAUUGAAGCGAUUCGUCUCAGGGCCUCAGGGCCCCAUUGUGAAGAGCCUGGUGCGAAAGGGACUGUUUCCUGACGAGCGCGAGAAGAAGCCGUGGAUGCAGUGGGCGGUUGGCAUCUUUAUGUUUUGGUACCCGUGCUGUCUGCGCGGAUGGAGAGUCUGGGCAUCGCUGACUGUGGUGAUUGGUUUCGUGAUAUUGACGGCGUUUGGGAUCAGGUAUGGAAUAAAGAGAUACAGGACCAAGGGGUACAAAAAACUAGAGACAGAUAUCCCGCUCAACGACAUGAGCUACAGGGAGGAGACUUCUGGGCUGCGUCGCACCCAUGACGACGACUUGGAGUAAUACUAGACGCAGGAUUUGCUGCCCUUGACAGCGUGGGGGCUUUCAGCUGAUGCUUCUAGACAGCGGAUGCAACGGUGCCAGCGAUGGAAUGAGGGGAGAGGAGGUGAGAGGAGAGGAGCAAUAAAAGAUGAGAUAGUACUCCGU